AAGAAAUACUCUGUCACCGUUCCAAUGGAGCGCAGCUGAAACUACAUUUACACUUACUUAUACACCGCAGGAAAAUUAAGGCUCAGCAGUCUAUCUGAAGAAAUGUCAAGUUCAAGGCGAAUGCUUGCAAAAGAAGACAAGAAGAUGCUGCAAUGGUGAAAUGUGCAUCUUUUGGCAAAUAGUUGCCUUCUAUACGAUGCUUGUUUUGUUGAAAUUUCGCGACAGGUUGUUUUUGGUUUCUGGAAAGUGCAUAACGGUUAAAUGUUUUUGUUGACGGUGUAGUCACUUUGUGGAAUUUGGAAACAUGGAAGCUUUGACAGCUCCUAUUCUUGGUCUAGGAGCUUCAGCUGCAUCGAAUUUGGCAGUGUUCAUCCCUGCACUGGUAGCAGCGAUUGCGUACUACCAGUACGACCUUUUGGAUCCGGAAGCUCGGAUCGCAGACACCAGCACCGAUGAGUUGGAAACGUACGACUUCAUAGUGGUUGGAGCAGGGUCUGCCGGUGCUGUGGUUGCAAACAGACUUAGCGAGGUAGAGCAAUGGAAGGUCCUACUCCUGGAAGCAGGUGGCGACGAAAUUGAAAUUUCUGAUGUUCCUUUAAUGGCGGCGUAUCUACAACUAUCUCAAAUCGACUGGAAGUAUAAAAGCGAGCCUCAAGGUCAAGCUUGUUUAGCGAUGAAGCACGGACGCUGCAACUGGCCUAGAGGAAAAGUCAUGGGUGGUUCUUCAGUACUGAACUACAUGUUGUAUCUUCGAGGCAACAAGAAAGACUACGACUUGUGGGAAUCACUUGGAAAUCCCGGUUGGGGAAGCAAAGACGCACUUUACUACUUCAAGAAGAGUGAAGACAACCAGAAUCCGUAUUUAUCACGUACUAAUUACCAUUCAACUGGAGGGUACUUGACGGUUUCAGAAGCACCUUAUCACACACCACUUACUGCGUCUUUUGUGGAAGGUGGCCGUCAGCUAGGAUACGAAAAUAGAGACAUUAACGGAGAGUACCAAGCAGGAUUCAUGGUAGCGCAAGGUACUGUUAGAAAAGGAGCGCGUUGUUCCACUGCCAAAGCUUUUCUCCGACCGAUACGACUUCGUAAGAACUUGCACAUAGCAAUGCAUUCGCAAGUAACGCGGAUUCUCAUCGAUCCAACUUCCAAAGUAGCCUACGGGGUAGAGUUCAUCCGGGAUAAAAAGCUACACCGGAUUCGUGCCACAAAAGAGGUAAUACUAUCUGCAGGGGCCGUAAAUUCUCCCCAACUCCUCAUGCUCUCAGGAGUCGGUCCUCGUGCCGAACUCGACAAACAUAAAAUUCCCUUAGUACAAGAACUGAACGUUGGAGAGAACUUACAAGAUCAUAUAGGUCUAGGCGGAUUGACAUUUGUGAUAAACCGCCCACAUUCGAUUCGACUGGACCGCAUCUACUCCGUCAGUGCCUUGAUGCAAUACACGGUCUUCGGAGGCGGGCCUUUAACAGUUUUGGGCGGAGUCGAAGGCUUGGCUUUUGUUAAUACGAAGUACGCGAAUGCUUCUGAUGAUUUCCCUGAUAUUGAGCUCCACUUUAUCUCAGGGUCUACUCAUUCGGACGGCGGUACCCAAUUGAGGAAAGCACAUGGGUUGACUGACACGUUCUACGAGAAAGUGUUUGGGCCAAUCGCAGAUAAGGAUGCUUGGAGUGUCAUCCCCAUGUUGCUUCGUCCGAAAAGUCGUGGUUUGAUUAAACUGAGAAGCAAAAAUCCUCUUGAUUAUCCUUUGAUUUAUCCAAACUACUUCAAGGAUGAUUUUGAUAUGAAGACUUUGAUUGAAGGGGUUAAAAUCGGGGUGGCUUUGAGUCAGACUAAGGCGUUCCAAUAUUAUAAGAGUACUCUUCACAAAUUUCCCGAUUGUGAAGGAUUUAAAGACUAUUCGGAUGAGUUUUAUGAGUGUAUGAUUAGAUUGUAUACUGUAACUAUAUAUCAUCCUGUUGGUACUUGCAAGAUGGGUCCGUACUGGGACCAGGAGGCGGUGGUUGACCCACAGUUGAGGGUUUAUGGCAUAAAAGGAUUGAGGGUGAUUGAUGCCUCAAUUAUGCCUACAAUAGUAAGUGGGAAUACGAAUGCCCCGGUUAUUAUGAUAGCAGAAAAGGGAGCCGAUUUGAUUAAAGAGUUUUGGGUUAAAACGGCGAGGUAUGGGCGGUGGGCGAGAACGAGAAAAAUGUGACACGAAAUAUUCCUGUGAGAUAGAAAUUGUUCUUUAAGCAAGUGAAUAAAAAUUACCAGGUUGUGAUAUGUGUAGUUAUAUCAUUAAUUUUAUAUUAAAUUAUUUUCUGUUUUCAACAUAAUGUCAAUAAAUUUGAUGCGACUAACAAUA